AUGAGUACUUCUACUGAAGCUUCUUACAAUGCUGAGAGAGCUUCCAACAAUGGUGAAAGAACAGAAGAUGAUAUGGAUAUAGAGCAUAAAACUGAGAGAAAGAGACUUCAGAAAAUCAUCUCUCAUUUGAUCUUGCCGGAAUCAUUCAGAUCUAACCUUCCACUAACUGACUCCGAUUCACCGGAGUUCAGUUCAGCCGUUGGAUCGGAUUCUCUCUUACCCAAAAAUCCGUGUGGCCUCUCAGUUCCUUUUGCUCGCUUCAAAUUUUCGGAUUUGAUUUGGAAUUUGGAAGUGGGAGUAGCUUUGUAUCAAUCCUCAAAAAUGGGUGGCCAAGACAAUAUAGCAUUGUCAAGUUCGUUUCUAGGUGACAAAUCUGCUAAGGUUUUUGUUUCGGGUCACCGUGGUCUUGUUGGCUCGGCCAUUGUUCGCAAGCUGACUCAACUUGGGUUUAGUAAUCUUAUUUUGAGAUCUCAUGCGGAGCUUGAUCUUACUCGACAAUCUGAUGUUGAAGCCUUUUUUGCUUCCUCGAAGCCGGAGUUUGUGAUUGUAGCUGCUGCCAAAGUUGGUGGAAUUCAUGCUAAUAAUACCUAUCCUGCUGAUUUCAUUGCCAUCAACCUCCAAAUCCAGACCAAUGUCAUUGAUUCGGCUUAUCGCAACGGUGCUAAGAAGCUAUUGUUUUUGGGUUCCUCUUGCAUUUACCCUAAAUUUGCACCACAACCGAUCUCGGAGGACGCUUUGCUCACCGGCCCCUUGGAGCCCACAAAUGAAUGGUAUGCAAUUGCCAAGAUUGCCGGGAUCAAAAUGUGCCAGGCUUACAGAAUUCAGCACAAGUGGGAUGCAAUUUCAGGGAUGCCGACCAACUUAUAUGGACCAAAUGACAAUUUCCAUCCCGAGAAUUCACAUGUUUUACCUGCUUUGAUGAGGAGGUUUCACGAGGCGAAAGUCAACAACGCCAAGGAGGUAGUGGUGUGGGGUACAGGGAGUCCAUUGAGGGAGUUUUUACACGUCGACGAUUUGGCUGAUGCGGUUGUCUUUAUGAUGGAAAAGUAUAGUGGACUUGAGCAUUUGAAUGUAGGGAGUGGAAAAGAGGUUACUAUUAAGGAAUUGGCGGAGUCGAUGAAGGAAGUGGUGGGAUUUGAAGGCGAUCUCGUUUGGGAUAGUACUAAACCGGACGGGACACCAAGAAAACUGAUGGAUAGCUCAAAACUUGCUGCCCUUGGUUGGACACCGAAAGUCUCACUCAAGGACGGGCUUGUGGAUACCUAUAAAUGGUAUUUAGAGAAUGUCAAACAAUGA